UCGUCGAAUGUGUUGCUAAGCGCAAAUCUCGAGAUCAGCUGAAUCGAUUUCUAGGCGAUGUCGUGGCGGGGGCGCGAAGACCGUGGCACGAGAUGGGAGUCCGAAGACAGGUGGGAAAAUCGUGCACGCUCGCCCGUGUGGGAACCGCGUCGCAGCGACUCGCGCGACAGUCCGAGGCGGUCCCCUGACCGGCACCGCCACACCAGAGACGAUCGCCGCGAGCGGUACGAGCGCGAUUACCGCCGGCACGAAAGGCGCGACCGUGACCGCGACCGCGAUCGCAAACGUUCUCCCAAACGUUACGAUGAUAACGUACCCUACGCCCCUUCCCCUCCCAGCAUUAGCAAUAAGAGUUCGCGCUCCAGUAGUCGCUCGGACAGCCGAGACAAAGACCGUCAUGACGAUUACGACAAAGACAAGUACGGUCAGGACGAUCAGUCGUUGAAUGCCUCUCCAGGUGACUGGAUUUGCAAAUGUGGUUCGUACAACUUUAAACGCCGUCAGGUAUGCUAUCGCCGAACUUGCAAUGGCAAGCGGUCUGAGGGAGUGAUUUACGGCGGAGACGGAGACAAGAGUAACCUGAGCGAGAACGCCGGGAUAACAAAGCGGCUGCUAUUCCGCCGUCUGGAUGCUUUAACUACUGAAGAGAAGAUCUUGGAAGCCAUAAAAGAACGCUGUUCUAAAUCUGUGUUAGAUUCUAUUGCUGGCAUCACUAUUGGUAGAGAAACUUUGACCGGAGCGUCCAAAUGUUUAGCUUAUAUUAAUUUUAACUCCAUAGCUGACUCUACCGCAGCUCAUUCUGAGUUUGUUCACUUGCAACCUCCCCUGCAGAUUGAUGGCCGAGAAGUUCUGGUCAGUUAUUAUAAUGAACCUAAAAAAAUUCCAAAACCCACUAAUUUAGAUUAUUCUUCUUAUUACUCCCAAAUGUCCAAUUAUUCAACAUCUCAGGCUAUGUCUGAAGCGGACAGGGUGAAUGCAGCUGCUGCUGUGGCCCAGUCUGCCAUUUCCGCUGCACAGGCUAGACAUUUGGCAUGGACUCCAGUCCCAGCCUUUGUAGCUUCUACUACUCAAAGCAAUCCUGCAAUUAAAGCACCCACUGGUGAUGGCAAGACCAAGUAUACAGCACCUGAUGUACGCACAUUUAUGUAUGAUGAAACAUCUGGCUAUUACUAUGAUCCUGCCACAGGUCUUUAUUAUGAUGGCAACACACAGUAUUUCUACAACAGCCAAACUAACCAGUACAUGUAUUGGGACGGUACCACAUCAACUUACGUAGCAGCUUCCCAAUCCCAGCAAAUGGACUCCAAGCCGGCUGCUUCCACAGAACCACCCAAAGAGCCUGAAGAAAAGAAAAAGAAGGACAAAGAAGACAAAGUGAAAGUUGCUAAAAAGAUUGCAAAAGACAUGGAGAGGUGGGCGCGGACAUUAAACCAAAAGAAGGAAAAUGCCCGUAGUAAUAUAGUGAUGGAGCAACCACUAGACACCGGCUCCAGUAAAGGUUCAGCAGACAUUGGCUUCUCUGUAUUGGGGGCCGGGCCGUCCAUCACACACGUUAGGGAAAUAUCACCUUCACCAGCUGCUCCUGAUGAAUUCCUGGUUAAAAAAGUCACUGAGCCAAUUGAUGACAAUGAUGAUGGGAUUAUAGACUGGUCUAAACUCACUUGUCUAUUGUGCAAGAGAAGAUUCCCAUCUGCAGAUGUGCUCACCAAACACAAGACAUUCUCUGAACUUCACAAACAAAACCUAGCUGAACAUAGAAAGAUAAAUGAAUUAUUACCACAAUCAAAUGGUUACCGAGAUAGAGCUGCUGAGCGAAGGAUGAAAUUUGGUGAAGAUGAUACUCCAAUAAUUAGAAAACGUUAUGAGCCUCCUGAAGUAACUACACCAGUAUCUGCACACCCUCCUCCAUCUGUGGUAGACACUAUUGGGGGUAAAAUGCUCCAGAAAAUGGGGUGGUCUGAGGGAAGAGGACUAGGUAAGACUGAACAAGGGAGAAUAGCUCCUAUAGAAGCAGAACAGAGACUUGGACUGGCCGGUCUGGGACAGAAAAGAGGCAUCUACACACCCACUCCAGGAGAGACAUACCGAGACACAGUGAAAAAGCUGAUGAUUGCAAGAUAUAAGGAAGUUGUCGGCCAAGAGGAAGGGCAAUAGGUGGGUUACUUUUAUUAUAUUAGUACUGAUUCUUUAUUUUUGCAGGUGUGGAUUUGCAGGUCAGUGUUAAUAUUGCCAACCUGGUGACUUUUGGUUUGGGUUUUUGUAUCUUCAUUUCUCUUGUCGUCUUAAGAAUAACAAGUUAUAAAAGUUGUCAGGAAUUGUCUGAUUCUUAUUUUUCUUUAUUUGGUAUAUCAAUAUUUAACAAACAAAUAAAUGAAAGGCUGUUUCUCAAUUAUUCUGUAUUUCAUCAAACACAAUUUAUUUAUAAAACUGAAUAUACCUUGAAGAAAAUGUGCAUAUGAUAUUUUGACAUUCAUGGCGGGUAAAAGGUACACUGGUCAACAAAUAUGAUGUCUAAUUGUUUGAUUCUGCCCCACAACACUAGAUGACGCCGCGACAGUGCCCACUGUGACGAACACCAAUCAGUGCUUACGGCCCGAUAUCAUGGUGAGUAUAAUUUGUAUGCUUACACUAUAUACUGAUAUCUAAUCCUAUUUUUCCCUACAGGUGAUAAAUAUCACGAAUUUUUCGAUUGGCUUCGACAUUUUUUAUGUGUUUCUCUUACAGCUUUACAAAUUAAAUUUAAAAUUUGGUAUUUUUAGUGAAAAAUGUAUAAAUGAAUAAAAAACAAAAUUCUAGAAUUUUGGGGUCUUGGAUAUGAAUACUGACUUUAGUCUUUAUUCUGACGUGAUUUAGGUCUAUUAUAGGUUAAAAGUGUGUAAUUAUCAGUAUAAUUGUGCUAAAAUGUCUAGCUACACUAGGGUAUAUUAUGCAAAUCUGCCCGAAGCCAAAGAAGCAAUGCCAGCGGACAAUAAGACUGCACCGUUAUUGUGAUAAACUGUGAUAUUUUAGUGAAUGUGAAGAAAAGGCGAAUUGUUUGUGUGACAACUGACCAACACUGAUGAGUAUGACCAUUUAUAUUACAGAGCCUACGUCGAGACGCCCGGAUCCGCGUGCCAAACAAUUGUUACAAACUUCUUUGUAUAUUAAUAGUGUAAGAUUUUGAACAAAAAUAAAACAGUCGAAAUCGUUUAAUACGGACAACAAAAAUACCUGUUGUAAAAAUGGUUUUCCCCAGUGACGAAAGUUUUUUUAAUCCAUUAUUGUGUCAAACUUUUACCAUUUAUGUGACUAAAAUAAUUCAACAUACAUUAUGUUAUAGUUAUGUCCGUUUGCAUUCCUAUCUGAAUUAAUUUUACCUCUACAAAUGUUUCAAUAAGUUGUAUGUAACACUUAUACAUUGAAUAUGGGUUGAUAAAUUACCGUUCAUCUAAAAAUAUUUACCUUUUAUAGUUUUUCUUGAAGCAAUAUUUGAAACAUUUGCUUGUGGUACAAAAUUUGUAUGUCCAAAUCCUAGUUUUAUGUUUAUGAAAAUUUAUUAACAACAAGACAACAUUUAUGUAGUUUUUGCAAAUUUUGUUAUAACGAUUUCGACUGUACACUGUCACACCAAAACCCGAUAGUAGUUAAGCCAGUUCAGUACUUACACAAAUAAUGUUCCUAGUUGAACGGCAUUACUGUUCAGGUUGCGUAUAUACAAACAAUAUUACACAGAUAUUGUACUGCAAUCUUCAUCAAACAGUCGUACGAAAUAUGUUUUGAGUGAGCGCAUUAAAAUACAUCAUUUAUAGAUAUAGUUAGUAUUGUCUAUUUAAGAGUUUGUAUUGUCUAUUUAAGAGAACCUUUGUUACAAUUAUGUUCGUGCACAUUUCCCUUUCAGAGUCGCGUUGAUCCGGAUCAAUAUUUACAAUUAUCACCCAACAUGUAGCCCAAUAUCACCCAAUAUCUGCCAAUGUCACUAAAUAUAUAUCUCCCAAUUUUAUCCAAUAUCACAAUAUCUCCCAAUUUUACCCAAUUUUAUCCAAUAUCUCCCAAUUUCACCCAAUAUCGCCCAAUUUCACCCAAUAUCUCCCAAUUUCACCCAAUAUCUCCCAAUUUCACCCAAUAUCUCCCAAUUUCACCCAAUGUCACUUUGUAUCCUAUAUUGUAAUUAGAAAUCCUCAAGUUGUUGGGUUACGAUAGAACAGCUCUACAAUGAGCCAGCUAGCGUCAGAAAUAAUUCAAGCAAUCAAAAAUAUAUAACGGGAUUGUAUAUACGCAUCCAGAAUAGUAACAUGUGCAAGUAACUUGAAAAGGACUAGCACAAUCUUGAAAUAACUGAUUAUAUUUAAUUAAUUAAAUUAAUGUAUAUAUUUGAAGACUUCUUGGAACUUAUUAAUAGUAUUUUAAUUGAAAUGGAAUUGAGAACAUUUCUCAAAAUUUUAUAACAUAAGUCAUUACUUGAGGAGCCUUAUUUAAUUUUUACUAAUAUACUUACCCCAGAAGUUCUUCAUACAAAACAUUUAAUUUUCAUAAAUAUAUUUUUUUAUGGUAGAUGUAAAGUAGAUAAAUGUAUUUACUAUCUUAUUGUUAAAGUGGCAAUGGGAGUAAAAAGAAAAUAUGGUGUCCGAGGUAGAUGGGGAUAAAAUAAAUAAAUAAACAUUGAGAUUACACAGAUAGUAUAUUAUUUGUAAUAUAUGCCAGUUCUGGCAAUGGAAAAGUAUUAUGGUAGCCGUUUAUCUGUGUGAUUAUAAUUAAAUGGAUAAAUUUAUCUUUUUUACUCCUUAAGUUUUUGGGCCAACAAUUAGCUCUGUUUAUAAGCAGGAGUGUUGUAAAUAUAGUAUGUAAUAUUUAAUGCAUUUAAUUAUGAUUUAGGAUAAUUAUAUUUCAGUAGUGACAUUUUGGAAAACCUGUUUAUUACAAAGUGUGGCAUUGUUAAUUGGAUUUAGACUGGUAUCUUAUAUGUACAAUUUUAAAUUAGUGUUUAUUUUUAACAGUUGCUGUUUUUUUGUAAUUUAUUAGGAUUACGAUAAAAUCUCGAAUUAUCUUUUCAUUCUUAUCUAGAUUUGGCUCAGCAACUUCACCAAUAUAAGUAGUUGUAUAGAAAAAGUAAUUCACACUGGAAGGAUUUUUAAAUUGUCGCUGUUGAAACACUCAGAACAAUAAAAAAAAUAGAUUACUUAUGUAAAAAUAGUUUUUUUAAACGAUUGAUUAAUUCGAAAAAAUAGUUUCCUUAGAAAAACAUGUGUAAAUAAUGUGACCUUAUUGCAGCUAGUGUUACUGGGUUAUAAGAGUAAAUCUUGUGCCCAGUGAGAACGCAGUGAAAUUCCGUUCAGUAAUUUCACAAACUUCGGACUACUCUUACCAAAACAUGUUAAAUGUACCAGAUAUGGCACGCUUUCUUGUCGCAAUAUACGUAGUUACCUAAGACGAAUUAUGUUUAUUCUAAAUGCCAUAAUUAUAAUUAAAGAAGCACCAAAUAUAUCUCAAAUCAACUAGUUUUAUUCAUUGAAUUUUAGGCUUUGGCGUAACCAGCUUUCAACAUAGGGGCAUAUUUUGGUUUUGGUUUGGGGGCUAAGCGAAAAUUUCAUAUCCCUGGUCCCUAAAUCUUACAAAUGCAGGUGUAAAUUAGUAUUUUUGUUAAAUCCAGGGGCGAAUAUUUGCACUUUGCACUCCUCUGCUCUCUCUCAAGUACGCCCAUAAUUUUAUGUAUAUUUGGAAUGUAGUUUUAGAAAAUAUUUUAUAAAAACUAUUCUUAUUCUUACAUUGUACCAUGUAGAGUAAUAAAAAAAAAUAUUCUUUUAAGGCUAGUUUACACAGGUUAGAUAGCAAGUUCAUAUUAUUAUGUCAGUGGUAUUGAAUUUUACUGCUUAUGUGAAAGGGCUCUUAUCGAACUCUAUGACUUCUGCGGGUAUUAUAGUACAUUCGAUUCCUUGUAUCUCUGUGCAAAUUCUAGAAUUAAAAUAAAUGCAAACCAGUCUUGUUGGUAAUGGUACACAUUUAAUACUUACCUUGUGCAUUGCCCGGGGUUUAUUAGCCUUUAGCCUCAAGUCACAAAUGAGAGUUGAAAAAAAAACGAGUCUUAGAAAUAUUUUGUCGAAAUGUAAGAUAUUUGUUAAAAUUACUUUUUGUGUCUCUUACGUAACCGAAGAGAGCACGGGUACGGUGCCAAGGCCCUCCAAAUGUUUGACCCAAGUUAUUUGGAGUGUAGGUGUUUCGUUAGUAAACUCGUAUAAUAGGGAACGUGUAGGUACGACAAAAGCUCUGCUAUAGUUACGCAAAAUGAAAUAUUUACCUUUCAAUAUUUGGCAUUGUUUUUAAAAAUAAAUAUAUUAUUACUGUUGAUAUAGAAGUGAAUUAAAAUUAAGUUAAACAUUAAUAAAUGAUGUAUGUUUGGAUGCUGUAACUAACAAUAAAAUAACAAUACCUACUUAAAUUCCAUGGUUAUGGGAAAAACUACCAAAAUUAAUAAACAUGUUAUUUGUAAAAAUAAAUAAGUUUUAGUUAACAUUUAAUACAAACAAACCUGAAUCUUACCGAGUUGCUUCAAUAACAUACAAAAGCAGGCUUUAAAUAAAAAAAAAAAAAACAUUUUGGUCAAACUAUUAAUAAUAAUGGCCCAUAUUUUAUCAUUUUUGUCAUAUAAAAAAUAUAUGAACUUAAACAAAUUACAGGUCGGUAAAGUUUCAUUUUUUAUCCUUACUGUGGCCCUCGUGUCUGUUUUGUGCUGCUACCAUUAGUUCGUCCAUGUUCCCUAUAGUGCACAGGCAACUGUGAGGACAAAACUUUGGAAAAAACAAUAAUUUGAAAACUGAUUAUUUUUUUUUUUAUACAAGCGAUGUCACUAGUUUCCCGUAAGAGAGCGCCGAUAACAUAAUCUCAUCAUCUAAUUCAUUAGAUUACGAUUCUAAAAGAAAAAAUACGAUGCAUACUCUACGCUUAAAACCUGGCGGAUAUGCAAAAUUUGAGUAUUAAGGUUUUCUUCGCAAUGGAACGAAUUUUCAAUAUGCAUUGCUCAUAUGUUCGCUUUUGCGUCCAUAUUUUUCCACAAUACUCCAUCUAACUGUAGUUGCGAUGAGGUAUGACUUUUCAUGUUGUAAUAUAUUUUAUUUGUUAGAUUUUAAUGGAAUAAAUUUCUUUUAUAUGAA